AUGUCCAGGACCUCAUACGACCGAUACCUCACAGUUUUCUCGCCCGAAGGACGGCUCUACCAAGUCGAGUAUGCCUUCAAGGCCAUCUCAGGCUCCGGGCACACCGCGGUCGCAGUCAGGGGAAAGGACACCGCGGUCGUCAUCACACAGAAGAAAGUCCCCGACAAACUCUUGGACGCGUCCACCGUCACCCACCUCUUCAGCAUCACACCGACGAUAGGCUGCGUCAUGACGGGCCUGAUUGCCGACGCCCGUGCACAGAUAUCCCGAGCACGCGCAGAGGCCGCCGAGUACCGCUACAAGUACGGCUACGAGAUCACACCCGACGCCCUCGCGCGCCGCCUCGCCAACAUCAACCAGGUCUACACCCAGCGCGCCGCCAUGCGCCCUCUAGGCAUAUCCAUGAUCCUCAUCGGCAUCGACCCCGAGUUCGGUCCGCAGUGCUUCAAGCUCGACCCGGCCGGCUACUUUGUCGGUUUCCACGCGACCGCUGCGGGGCAGAAGCAGCAGGAGGCGAUGAAUCACCUCGAGAAGAAGUGGAAGAAGCUCGACGGCGGCAAGGGCGCGGAUGAGCCUGCCACCGCGGGGCGCACGCUCUCGCGCGCCGAGGUCAUCGAGAUGGCGAUCGAGGCGAUGUCGACGGUGCACGCGACGGACUACAAGGCGGGUGAGGUCGAGAUCGGGAUCGUGAGCGACACGGACGAUGAGAACCCCAAGACGAGGGGCCAGUGGCGUGUCAUGGACGAGGCGGAGGUGGAGCGGCACUUGCUGGCGUACGCAGAGAAGGACUAG